CCCAGUUGGGCUCUCGUGCAGCGCCGGCGCCGGGGGUGGUGCCAUGGCGGAGUUUCACCACCCCAAUGUGCCUGACAUGGAGGAACCGGGGGUGCCGAACACCAGCGCCCCAGCCUUGCGCGACCUGAAACUUCCAAGCAGCACCACGCUACCACACCUUCCAAGCGAGCGCGAACUCUUGUCUCCUAUGUCCUCCGUGGACAAGAAAACAUCCAGACGCUCGGGUGGCAUGCCCUCACCUACCUCGCCAACGCUGCGCGACACCGCGGUCGCGCCGGUUGCGAUGGAAGGCCUUUCACAGCCAUUUCGUAUGCUGGUGGAUCGCUUGGUACAACAGCACCUUCUCGAGAUGUCGGAAUUGGAGGAUCGAAUGAAGCUGGACGAAUUCGAGAGACGGUUGGAAAGCAACAUGACCGAGGUUGCAGGCGCUGUACGGAAUAGCCUCAGUAACAGCACAAACACACUCUACAAAAAGAGGGGCACCCUGGUCAACGCCGCUGACGUCUUAGACGCAAUGGGCGAUGACGACGCAGUGGAGGAGUUGUUCAAGACAGAUCCUCUACAAGAAGGACUCCAGGAAGAAGAAGAGCCUGAAAAGCUGCCUCGGAGCCGUUGGGAGCGCUUGCAGGAGUGGUUGCAAUCCACUUCUUUCGACAUGAUGAUCGCCGGGAUGGUCUGUGUGAACGUCCUCUGGAUGGCUUUGAAACUUCAAAUCGAUGGAUCCAUCCUGGGCUCGCAGAUGAACAUCUAUUCCGAGCCGCCUUUGACCUCGGAGGGCCGGGAGUGGUGGGUGGUGGUGACCCAGUGGGGAGACUCUCUUUUUACAGGGCUCUUCAUGCUGGAUGUUGGUAUUCGCAUCAUCGUCCUAAGGCUGCAGUUUUGGAAGAUUUGGGUGAACUAUGUGGACGUGGCAGUGACCAUCGUUUCCUUCAUGGAGGUCCUGAGCUUUGCCGUGCCCGUGAAGGUGAACGCAGCCAUCUUCCGGCUGCUGCGGAUCGGCAAGUUGGCGCGCGCCAUCCGUAUGUUGCCUGUGACCAAUGCUUUGGGUUCGCUACAAUUGUUGGUCAAGGGCCUUGUGGCCAGUAGGGGAAUGCUCUUCUGGAGUUUUUGCUUGUUGACCUUCCUACAAUGCGUUGCUGGCAUGGUCAUCAGCACCCUUUGUCGCGACUACCUCCUGGAGCGGAUCAGUGAUGCGCCCAACUCCCAGGCUGUACAGGAUGUGUUUAUGCACUACGGCACCUUUUCGCGGACCUUCCUCACGAUGUUUGAGAUCCUGUUUGCCAAUUGGGGUCCGCCCGCGCGCAUCUUGGUGGACAACGUCAGUGAGUGGUAUUCCAUUUUCUUUCUGCUCUAUCGCUGUGUGCUGGGCUUUGCUGUGAUCAACGUGGUCAACGCAAUUUUUGUGCAGCAGACGCUGAAAACGGCUAGCUCGGAUGAAGAACUGUCCUUCAAACAGAAAGAAAAAGAUAUUGCGAUGUACGCGAACAAGGUCAAAAAGCUCUUCCAAACCAUGGACUUUUCAGGAGAUGGAGCCAUCAAUUUGGAGGAGCCCAGGGUGCGCCCCAGGGUGCCUUUUCGUUUCCGC